AUUGUGCUUGGCCAAUGCCUCUUCUGAAGCAGCCAUCCCGGCCUCUUGGUACUGUUGACCCCAGCCAGGCUACAGAGAUCGAUCGGAGCUGGCCUUGGGGCUGUAAUUGGCCCCAGCCGAGCAGGGCAAACACUGAGGUCACCGACAAGCCACAGGCCCCUUCCCCAGCCUCAGUUCACAGCUACCCUGGGCAGGGAAGCAGUGGCCCUUCUGUUGCUAGACCGAGCCUGUGGGAUACACCAAGGCAGAGGAGCCUAGAGCCAUGAGGAGCCUCGGGGCCCUGCUCUUGCUGCUGAGUGCCUGCCUGGCAGUGAGCGCCGGCCCUGUGCCGACGCCGCCCGACAACAUCCAAGUGCAGGAAAACUUCAACGUCUCUCGGAUCUAUGGGAAGUGGUACAACCUGGCCAUCGGUUCCACCUGCCCCUGGCUGAAGAAGAUCAUGGACAGGAUGACAGUGAGCACGCUGGUGCUGGGAGAAGGCGCUACAGAGGCGGAGAUCAGCAUGACCAGCACUCGUUGGCGGAAAGGUGUUUGUGAGGAGAUGUCUGGAGCUUAUGAGAAAACAGAUACUGACGGGAAGUUUCUCUAUCACAAAUCCAAAUGGAACAUAACCAUGGAGUCCUAUGUGGUCCACACCAACUAUGAUGAGUAUGCUAUUUUCCUGACCAAGAAAUUCAGCCGCCGUCAUGGACCCACCAUUACUGCCAAGCUCUACGGUAAUGGCUUAUUACUAGAUGUGCCCGUUGGAGUUAAGGGUGUCUCUUUGAAUCUGGACUCCAUCUUCACCAUGGCUGACCGAGGUGAAUGUGUCCCUGGGGAGCAGGAACCAGAGCCAAUCUUAAUCCCGAGAGCCCGGAGGGCUGUGCUACCCCAAGAAGAGGAAGGAUCAGGGGGUGGGCAACUGGUAACUGAUGUCACCAAGAAAGAAGAUUCCUGCCAGCUGGGCCACUCGGCCGGUCCCUGCAUGGGAAUGACCAGCAGGUAUUUCUAUAAUGGCACAUCCAUGGCCUGUGAGACUUUCCAGUAUGGCGGCUGCAUGGGCAACGGUAACAACUUCAUGACAGAGAAGGAGUGUCUGCAGACCUGCCGAACUGUGGCGGCCUGCAAUCUCCCCAUAGUCCGGGGCCCCUGCCGAGCCUUCAUCCAACUCUGGGCAUUUGAUGCUGUCAAGGGGAAGUGCGUCCUCUUCACCUACGGGGGCUGCCAGGGCAACGGGAACAAGUUCUACACUGAGAAGGAGUGCAGAGAGUACUGCGGUGUCCCUGGUGAUGGGGAUGAGGAGCUGCUGCGCUUCUCCAACUGACAACUGGCCGGUCUGCAAGUCAGAGGAUGGCCAGUGUCUGUCCAGGGGUCCUGUAGCAGGCAGCGCCAAGCAACCUGGGUUCAAAUAAAAACUAAAUUGUGAACUCCUGAAA